AUGACAGCCCUUUCCUCCUACGAGUUUGCAUCCAACGACCUGGGCAAUACAGCAUCAGAGACGGCACUCCUUCCACACAAUAUCCCAAUCAUCACGAAAGGAGGCAUUGGAGGGCGAGGAAACUAUCGUAAAACCAGCAAUGCGAGUGUUGCGUUGCCAUUUACGCUACAGACUGCAAGCGGAAGGUCGGAACCAUACUAUCAACCACCCAUCGUAGGGUCUCGAACAGCACUUCCAAGUGGCGCGGACAAGAUGAAGGAGAGGCUUGUUGGACUGUUUAGAGGUGGAAAGUAG